UCAGACCUGUCAGAAUUAACAGAAGACCACUUAAACACACGAGUUGGAAUAAUUCCUGGAUUGCAUGAAUCAAAAAUUUUUUUUCUGGUUCUUUUGUUUUCACUAUGUUCGGAUCGACUUCGGCUCUUCACUCUAGCAACAGAACAGCAAGCCAUUUCUCCAGAAAUUACACGAUUGUUCCGGGGAACUCCACCAGUGCUCCUCUGUAUGAAUGGGAGUACUACUUGGAUUAUCUUGAUCCUGUUUUUGUGGAUGAGAGCCAGCUGAAAUACCAUAAAUAUUCAAUUGUGAUAAUACUCUGGGUAUCUCUGGCUGCUUUUGUGGGAUUUCUCUUUCUCAUUUUGAACCUAAUGUCUCUCAGUAUGAAGUUGCCAAAGAUAAACAAAUCUAAAGUUAAGCGUCACCACAAAAGCUCAGCUUCUUCACCACGGGCUGAUUCUGGAGAUGGCUCCGAUGGCGGUUUGAAUCCUUGUUGAUUUGGACCCUUUUUGUCUUUUGCACUGGGCUCUGGUCACCAACGUGACGUGGGACA